AUGGCAGCUCCUGAAGGUGCCGCCCACGGCUAUGGCUUCCGUACAACAUGGCUGCCUACAGGGAGCGUACCGCACCCCUUUCCGCCCAGACACCGGAAGUUUCUAUUUGAAAUCCAGGCGGCAGACCGGGCCGGUGGUGCGUCAGUUACUGCGGAACGUCUUCUGAACCAGAACAGCGAGGGCUGCGGGCAGGAGGAGCAGGCUUCUGGGGCCCAGCCGUGCCGCCUCGUUACGAUGACCAGUGUGGUUAAGACGGUGUACACCCUGCAGACGCCCUCUGUGCUGAGCGGCGGCCUGCCCUCAGACACACAAACUCGAACCCUUUCUAAGAGCCUAUUACCUGUUAAAUCCAAAGAAGUGGAUGUUUCCAAACUUCUUCCCUCAGGAAGUUCAGAGAAUGAUAUUACAAAAAUCACCAAACGAAGACAAGAGAAUGGGCAGAUGAAAGCUGCAGACAUUGCUGUGAGGAGGAACGUCAGAAAGAGCUACAAACCACUGACUAAGCAAAAAUCAGAGGAAGCGCUCAAGGAUAAGAACCAGCUCUUAGAGGCCGUCAAUAAGCAGUUACACAAGAAGUUGACUGAAACUCAGGGAGAACUGAAGGACCUGACCCAAAAGGUAGAGCUGCUGGAGAAGUUUCAGGACAACUGUUUGGCAAUUUUGGAGAGCAAGGGCCUCAACCCAGUUUUAGGCAGUGAGGUCCUGGCAUUGCAGCAAGAAUCCACCACAGACCAUAUGGACUCGAUGUUGCUGUUAGAAAGUUUACAAGAUGAGCUGAAGCUUUUUAACGAAACAGCCAGAAAGCAGAUGGAGGAGUUACAGGCCUUAAAAGCAAAGUUGAAGAUGAAAGACGAGGAGAGGGCCCGGUUCCUAGAACAGCAGACCUUAUAUAACAGUCAAGUAAAUGAUUUUACAACAGCCCUUGAAGAAAUGGAGCAGUUAUUAGAAAUGUGAUUUUCAAAAGUGGCCAGAUGGCUCCCUCUUGGUGAUAAGCUCUCAGAAGAAGCCACUUAGGGCCUCUGCUUCCUGGCCAUGAUCUUCUAGGACUCACCUUUCCCAGAAUGAAAACAGUUUCUGCAAUAGGAUUAAGGACAGUUUAUGCUUGAAUGGUAAUCCCUCCUUUAAGCAAGAUUUCCCACCCCUUCAGUUUGGCCAGCUCUCACAUGGAAAUAACUGAGGCCUAUAAGAGUGGGGCCUGGAAGCUUGGAGCAACAUCCGAGCAAUGCAGUGGCACACCAUUAGAAUCGGGAGACUGAGCCAGCCACAGCCAGUGGACCCAAAAGGUCACAAUCAGAUGUGCAGGAAGAAAAUCUUACACAGUGGAGCACAGGAGCUCCACAGGAGACAUCACUGAAGACCCAUGAUGUCCCUUCUAACUUGGAACACAUUCUGUCCUAUGCUGGUUGGGUUGGGCUCUGUACCUCAUUAUAAAUUUGUGAACUUUAAGUUACUUGAAAUGGCUUAAUAAAUGGGGUGAAGGUAUAGAUAGCAAUAACACCUACCUGAAACAAUA